AUUGGUAACUGACUUGGGUCUGAACUGCACUGCACCUAUUUUUCUUUGUAUGAACUUGUAUGCCUUGGUUCCGCUGCAUUGUUUUUCUUUUGCACUGACUAUAUGUCGAUGGUGCCCUUUGAAAUGGAACGAGAUACACAUAUACCCUGUACUGUGGUGGUAAUUGAUACUCUGAAUGUUGUAUUGUUGUAUGCUAAAGGUAACAGUUCUGACUUCGGUUUAUCACGUGGCGUUGAACUGUGUUUGGGGCAGCUUGAGUCUUUUCUCAUGGAGGAUCCAGCUUGUACACUAACUGAUUUGUUUUCUGAUGCAGGGUUGUAUGUUGAUUCAGAUUGGCAUAGCACGACGAAUCGAAUGCUGCGGUUUAUUGUUUUGGGAAUCGGUAGCUUAAAGAAGUGGACUGGCUUUAUUAACAGUGAAGUAAUUUGAAUGUAGUGUGGGAGCUGUUUGGAUUUUGAACUGGAUGUGUGUAUUGCUUUUUUCAUGCGCUGAGUUAGGACAUUCUUGUAGAAUCACAACGUGAAUGGCUUUGUACAAGUCGGGCGGCUAGUGUGAAUUAUCGGUAUGCCUUUUUGAUUUAUGGAUUUGU